AUGGGCUGCUGUCCAGGAAGUAGCUGAUGUCGUCAGAGCAAUGUGGGCACAGUGUCUGCCUAGGCUUUAUCCCGUGUGUGUAACGGGUUACAGAGCGCUGUGCUCGGCCCCGCGGCUAUGCCGAAACGUGUCUCUGGGCUCCGUGCAGAGCAUAGUGGGGGCAGCCUGUGCUCGGGUUACCGGGCAGGCUGCGGUUCGGACGCUCCAUCUGCACCCUGGGUUAAACGGGUUACCGGCGGGGGGUGUUGGAAGGAGCUCGGGCUCUGAAGACACCCAGGACAUAGAUGGGCUUCCUCUGCCACGGAGCCAGGCCGAACCGGAACCGCGACAGGAGAUGAUGGGUAUGGCAAGAGUCACAAACACGGGCUGACCUUCAAGGACAUGUGUUUUGAUAGGCAACACGUGUGGACUGCAAAUCCAAUCAUGUUUAGACUGGUUGAGAGUACUGGGAGUUACUAAUAGCCCUGAUCUGGUCAUUCUUUUUAGAUUCUAGACAGUGGGUAGGGCUGGAAGUAGAAUAUUGACACCAAUGACAAGUCCUAAGAUCAAAUCUGAAAAUGUAAACUUUUACCAACACAUGGUAAUAUGUUAUUUUUUUUUAUUUCGAGAUGUUGUCCCCCUUACUCAGACAAAUGGCAAUGCUUACAUUUGUCCAAAGGCAUUCCUUUAGCAGCUAGCAAGACAGUCCAAAUUUUCUGGGUUCCGUACUUUUCUUGGCGACACUACGGAACCGUCCCCAAACAGCAUAGCAUGAGCGCAUCGCUAGGAUGUACUUGUGCUAUAUUCGGCCUUAGAACAGAACCCCGUAGAGAGCACUGAAACAGUACUACCUGCAUGUUCUGCCCUUGAUGAGCUGGGCUACUUGACUAACAGGCAGAUUGGUGCUGACUUGUCAACUCUUUGGGCGAGUCUGCCCACAUUACAUCACUGUCACACUUCUUAGGACCCCAAAGUUUGGAGGUAUGCACAACGUCUUUUUUUGUUAACUAUUAUCAGGCACUGCACAAUAUAAUGUCUAUUAAAUAUUUCAUGUAGAAGGUGCAACGUGGUUGCUUAAAAUAUCUUCUAUGUCCCCAUUCUUCAGUAUGAGAAAUGUUGUACUGGACAGAGAUCAUGUAUCCUGAUGAUCUCACAAAAGGCAGAGAAUGUCCCACAGCUGGAUUACAUAUAAGGUUUACAGCAACGUAAUCUGUGAAUUUAGUUCUAUCCCAUAGGAAAGCAUCGACCCAAUAUUUUUUUUAUUUUUUUUUAUGGGGUUUUUCAAGACUCUGGAUAUGUAUAAGGACAUCCAGCAUCGUCGAUGACACUGCAGGAAGCGCUUCUAGUGGCUGUCUACCAGACAGUCCUUAGAGGCAGCCUUCAACCUCAACCUCUCUAAAUCGGCAAUGUUUUACAUUGCAGAAUUAAGGGGAUAGGGACACCGCACCCAGACCACUUCAAUAAAAUGAGAAGGCAUGAUUGGUUAAAAAGCAUGUUGCAACACCAGUGUUUAUAUGUUCAUUACAUGGAGCAGCUUCUUUGGUGAGUAAAGCUGGAAUUUGUUGGUCCAACAUGCUGUUGAGCAGGGCCCAGAAAUAAUAGGGCAAAAUAAUUCUUUUUCAUUUUGCUGACUAUUUUAUUUCCACAAACUAUCUUAGCCUAAUUCUUACCAAGAUGAUGUUUUUCCUACCUUUCCUGGUCCCUCUCCAAUCCAAAAAAACCUUUUCCUACCAUCCCCUGUGCCAGUUUUAUUUCUUAAUCUUCCAGAGAAAAGGCAGAGUUUACAUUACGGCCUAGGAACACCUAGUACUAUUACUCAGACGCACACUAGAGUUGCUUUCUGGGUCAGUAGCACUGACGUUCACCGUCUCCGUGCUCUGCAUGGAGGCACUGAACAUUCCUCGUUGAUUCAAUGCAUCUCUAUGAUGAGAUGCUAAUUGGUGCAGCGUUUUGCCAUGAAUGCGCAAUAGCUUCUCAAUGCUUCACUAUGGGAAAACAUUGGAUUGGCUGAGAUCAUCAAGUUUGAUCUCAACCAAGGAGGUGGAGGAAAGAGACCUGCGCAGUGCAGGAGUAAAAGUAGAGUUCAACACCUUUCACUUAGGUGACGGGGGCUGGUCAUUUAAACAUUUCACAGUUGUAGUGACAGGAAUAUAUGUUUGUGAAAUUCGCUUUGAAUUCUCACUUUAGUAACUAACCUUGAUAGACUCUUAUCAUUAUAAAUACUACAGUUAAACCUUGUGGUUGCUACUAAGCCUUCCCCUUUUAAGCUUACAAUAGGGCUAUUGUUUAUUCACUUUAUACACAUUUAUUACACUCCAGAUUAAUUUUUUUUCCUUUUAAAAAGGCAUCAAAUAUUUAAACAUUUAUCAUUAACACCAUUAAAUAAGUCUAAUAAAAUAGAUGCUUCUACAUCUGAUUGAUUUUUUUUUUUAUUUCAGACAACACUCUUCUCACUUUUAACAUCGAUCUACUGGUCAAGUUGUUGAGACAAGAGAAUGGCAAAGACGUGUGUGUUAUCAGGAUACCUCCUGAAGUGAAAUAUGCAGAGUAUUUUGUAAUCGUCAGUGGAUUUUCUACAAGACAUAUACAGGCGAUGGCACAGUAUACUUUGAAAGUGGUAAGAUCCUAAAGGUGUACAAAAAUACUAGCUGCUUUAAAGUGGCAUUUUUAAGCACCAUAACUACUAGAGCUCACUGCAAUAGUUAUGGUUGCAUAAGUCUAUGGGCAAAAUGUCCCCAGAUUUUUCUUUUAACCCCUUAAGGACACAUGACAUGUGUGACAUGUCAUGAUUCCCUUUUAUUCCAGAAGGUUGGUCCUUAAGGGGUUAAAGGCGCUUUUAGAUGUUUAACAAAACCCAGGGCUCCCCUUCAGACCCAGUCUCUCUACUGCAAUUAAACUUUUGUGAUGUUACAUUCAUUAUACCUAUGACUAAGUGCUGCAUUUAACAUGAAUAUGGAUGAGAUAAUUAUGCCAGUGUGUAUUAAUUUUAAACUGGCAGAAUUUAUGCAAAUCCUAUAAAAUGUUUGUUGCAUAAAUAAUACUUGUAUUUAUUUUUUGUCAGACAUUACUAUAGCCUUUAUGGUUUGGGGGGAGAGGGAUAUUUCUAUUUUAUUUUUCUCCCUCUUGAAACUACUGCACUGUUUGGGACCAAGACUCUGGUACUCCAGAUGCUUGUGAACUAGUCUGGCAGAACAGCAUGUGAAAGUAGUUCACAAACAUCUUUGAGUGUUAUUGCGAAUCUGAAUUGUUGGUUUAUCCACUAGAGACUACUACACAGAGAUUCUUUCUUAGAGUUAAAAAGUGUGUGUCUCUUCAUCUUCCAAACAUGCACUUGUUAAAUUAUUGUGUGUGUGUGUAUAGUUGUUGGGGUUUAUUUAUUUUUUUUUAUUUGUGUUUUGACAGGGAUUGUGGUAAUUAAAUGGUAGAACUUCAUAAACUUUUAUUUUUAUUUUUUUAAGUUCAAAUCUUUGAAGAAGGUCAGUAAUUCACAAAUCAUCUUAGAGGGAAAGGACACAGAUGACUGGAUGUGCAUAGAUUUUGGUAAGUAUUGCAUUUGGUACUGGAGUCUUGCUGACUUUUAUUUUUAAAUGAAAAUUACCUCCAUCACAAUCUAUCAUUUUACAAUUAUCAACAUGUUAAAGGCUUCCAAUGAACAAUGAUUUUGAUGUGGCCACUUUCACAUUUUUCCACUUUAUAACUCUAGUGCAAUUUUUAGUUCAGAAAGAAGAAUAAAAGACCCUACCUUGCGUAAAGCAGUCCGGGUUAAGCGAUUUGUCACUCCAGAUAAAAUGUGUGAACACAUUAAAGGCACGUGCAUUACUUGACAAUUUUUAUUAUUAUUAAUUUUUUUUUAAAAAUUUUUUAAACCAGCAAGCAAACAUUUUAAAGAAAUAUGCAACCAAAAAUAAAGCAAGAAAAACUUUGAAAUAUAUGUAAUAAAAGUUCAUAAACUUGGUCAGAUUGCAUUAUUGGGCACUAGUGAUGUCCCGAACUGUUCGCCGUGGACUCCUCGUUGAGUAAACUUUGACCCUGUACCUCACAGUCAGCAGACACAUUCCAGCCAAUCAGCGGCAUACCCUCCCUCCCAUCUCCUGGACAGCUCACUAAGAAUGCAGCUUCACAAUGGAUGCUGUCCAAGAGGUGGGAGGGGUCUGGGUAUUACGUGUGGCCAGGGAGGGGCACAUUGAACUCCCUGGUGGUUGUGUGGCUGUGUACGCUGCCCAUGUCUGUAUUAUUAUAUAUGUGUGCAGUGUAUAUAUAUAGUACAGUGAGUAGUACUCCUCUUGUAGAAGGGGUGGCCGGGACCCAGUACUCACUAUCUUCUUUUUCCAGCAGGUCCUAUUUCCAACUCUCACGAGCCUUGGAUGCCGCGAGGAUCGUUGCCACUUUGACAACCAGAGGCUUGCAAGAGUUGGAAAGAGGACCGGCUGGAAACUGAAGAUGGCAAGUGCUGGGUCCCGGCCGCUUCCCAUACCAUUUGGUUGGCACCUGGGGUGGACAGAUGAUAUCAGUACCAUUUAAACAAAUACCGAUAUUUGCCAAAAUGCUGAAUACAGCCAAUAUUUAUCGGCCAAACCGAUAAUCAGUCCUUACUGAUUUAUAUUUCAUAUAUAAUAUUUUAACAUGUGCUAAUUGUAUAAUUUUUUAUUUUUUUUAAAACAGGUGAUAUUGUUGUCCAUUUUAUGCUGCCAGAGAUGAGAGAGCUUUAUGAAUUAGAGAAGCUAUGGACUUUACGAUCAUAUGAUGACCAGUUGUCUCAAAUAGCAGAUGAGAUUUUACCUGCAGAUUUUACAUUUGGACUUCAAUCAAAGACUGAAUGAGCAGAAUAUUGCUUUUUACACUAUAAAGCAAACAGACGUGUGUAGAAACUCAUUCGAAUUUUGUUAUACAAUUAAAACUCAUGGACACAUUGUCACAUAUAAAAGCAGAAUGAAUGAGAAGGGGUGGGGGCUUGUUAGGCGGGUAAGUAUAUUUGUUGUCUAAAAAAACAUGAUUCAGAAAAAUAAAAAAUUAAUUUCCCUUUGUCAUUGCUGUAAUGUCUUCUUGAGAAAAAGUUUGCCUGAAAAGGCUCAAAAUAUAUUGUCG